AUGUCUCCGUGUCGUGGACUCAUUCGAGUCCUGUUUGUUGUCGCCCUCUUUGCGAUCCUCGCCUCCUCCGAACACACCUCGAACUGGGCCGUCCUCGUCUCGACCUCGCGAUUCUGGUUUAACUACCGCCACCUCGCCAAUGUCCUCUCUUUGUACCGUACCGUGAAGCGCCUCGGGAUCCCCGACUCCCAGAUCAUCCUCAUGCUGCCCGACGACAUGGCCUGCAAUCCGCGAAACGCCUUCCCCGGAACAGUCUACAGCAACGCCGACCGCGCGGUGGAUCUAUAUGGAGAAAAUAUCGAGGUGGACUAUCGUGGCUACGAAGUGACGGUGGAAAACUUUAUCCGCCUGCUGACCGACCGGCUGGACGAGGACGUGCCGCGCAGCAAACGCCUGGGGUCCGACGCCGGCAGUAACGUGCUGGUCUACAUGACCGGGCAUGGCGGCGACCAGUUCUUGAAGUUCCAGGACUCGCAGGAAAUUGGGGCGUGGGAUCUGGCGGACGCGUUCGGGCAGAUGUGGGAGAAGAAACGCUACCACGAACUGCUGUUCAUGAUCGAUACCUGCCAGGCCAACACCAUGUACACGCAUUUCUACUCGCCCAACAUCGUGGCCACCGGGUCGAGCGAGCUGGAUCAGUCGUCGUAUUCGCACCACGCAGACAACGAUGUGGGUGUUGCUGUCAUCGACCGCUGGACGUACUACGUUCUCGAGUUCCUUGAGACCCAGGUGACCAGCGCCAACUCCAAACUCACGCUGGGUGACCUGUUCGACUCGUAUGACGAAUCCAAGAUCCAUUCGCAGCCUGGUGUGCGGUGGGAUCUUUUCCCCGGUGGUGAGCAGGAAGGUCGUCUACGGACCGUGGUGGAUUUCUUCGGCAACGUACAGAAUGUCGAAGUGGAGAAUACCAAUUCGAACGACCCGGGAUCGUUGAAGGAGGAUCUUAUCGAAAUUGCGCGACUCGUCGAGAAAUGGCGGUCGCGGGAUCGGGAAUAUCUCGCUCAGCGCAAUGAGAGCAGCGCCGACGUACCGUCGUCCGACUCUGUGCAAAUCCAGAAGAAGAAUGUUACGCCCGCGAAAAUGACCGAAGAAACGAUCUGGGAGAAGCGAUUCAUUGGUGCUUCAGUUUUGGGUGCUUGCGCUGCUGUCUGGCUGGCAGGGUCGUUCUUGGGUGGAUCAAUCUGA